ACCGCAGUGAGGUGAAGCCCCGCCCCACGGUUCCAUUUCGGUUUGGAGGAGACGCGGCGCUCGAGUGGAGAAUUGAAAAUAAAAACAUUUAUUUAUUUUCCAGUCUAAGGAUCGAAGUGUUCCGGGGCAGCGGCGCCGAGGGAGCCCAGCGGAGUCGCCACAAGGCCAGCCCGAAUCAGCUCGGGGGGGGUCCUCGAAAGAGCCCCCUUUUUCUGUCGCCUCGCUCCCCCUCUCGAUUCGCGCGGCGCGGCCGGGCCUGGUCGGCGGCACACACGGGCGGCGGCAUGGCGGAGUACGGCAACGGCCUGACGGAGGAGUCGCUGCUGGACUCGGACCCCGGGCACCCGGAGCUGGAGGAUUCGGCCGCGGGGGACGAAGAGCCGGGUCUGGAGGAGGGCGAAGCCGCCAUUGAGGACCCGGAGCUGGAGGCGAUCAAAGCGCGGGUCCGAGAGAUGGAGGAGGAAGCCGAGAAGCUGAAGGAGCUGCAGAACGAGGUGGAGAAACAGAUGAACCUCAGCCCCCCGCCAGCGGGUCCCGUCAUCAUGUCCAUCGAGGAGAAGAUGGAGGCUGACGGCCGGUCGAUCUACGUGGGAAACGUGGACUACGGCGCCACGGCGGAGGAGCUGGAGGCCCAUUUCCACGGCUGUGGCUCCGUCAACAGAGUCACCAUCCUGUGCGACAAGUUCACCGGACACCCCAAAGGGUUUGCCUACAUCGAGUUUGCAGACAAGGAGUCCGUGCGGACGGCCAUGGCCCUGGACGAGUCUCUGUUCAGAGGGAGGCAGAUAAAGGUGGGAGCCAAGCGCACGAACCGGCCAGGGAUCAGCACCACAGACCGCGGCUUCCCCAGAGCCCGCUUCCGCUCGCGAGGGAACUUCUCGACGUCCCGCUCCCGAUACUACAGUGGAUACACCCCCCCCAGAGGACGAGGCCGGGCCUUCAGGUUUCAGGACCAGUGGAGGCUGACCACCCCUCCUCCCCCCGUGGCUGCGGCGCCUCCUACAGUGUCGGCAGCGUCUCUCUCUCUCUCCGCUCCCGCCCUCCACACUCACCCCAUCCUCUCCGUGUGGGGAGGUGGGGGAGGGGGGCAGGGUGACCACCGGGCCGCGCCGGGGGGGCUGUACUAUAACAACAAGCGCUGAGCCCCGCCC